AUGCCCUCGCAGCAUACAGCGUCAGUCUUGUCGGAUUCGUCGUAUGAGAGUUUUCAUAAGCUUUUCGCAUCAGUGGCAGAUCCGCAAACUAUGAGGAAUCAUCGGAGGCACUUGGCACUUGCGAAAUACAUUCUUUACGAGAAUGAGGCUGGAUGGAAAAUAGCACAGUUGCCACUUGUUGGUGAGCUUUUCCAAUUGUUGCAGAGCAAAAUCCUUAAUGGAGCUCCGCAAUUUGCUGACCAACUUGUGUGCGCCGUCACCAAUUGUUGCAAGCCACUUAUUCGUCAAAAGUCUAAUGAAGAAAUUAUAAACCCAAGUCUCUUCUACCGUUUUCUGCCUUCUCUUGGUGAGCUUUUGUCGUUCAAAAAUAUCGAAGUACAAGUUGCGGCAGCAGAAGCGCUUAAAUAUUUUGCUACAGGCGCAUGUUUGGUUCGCACUGUGCCAAAUGAUACUGAAUCGCAGUCAGACGACUCAAGGCUGACGCCUCGCACCAUCAGUCAAGAUUUGUUAUUUGAGACCGGAUCAGCUGAAUUGAUUGUUGCUGUGAUUCAUGAAUUGUUCCCUGACAGCAAAUUUGGCGAGAAAGAGCACGAGUCUGAAGUAACAACAGAAGAUUUGAAAUUGAAUGGAGAUCAGACGUGUGCGCACGCUCAGUGUCUAAGCGCUGAACAAGGCAAAUCGUUGGUGUGCAAUGCAAAAGUAGAUGCAGGCAGUAACAUGGACAUGGAAGGAAAUAAUAGUCAAGCGGUGAAGAAUAAUGUUGGCGAAACGGAUUUGGCUUUUGAAAACGAUCAUAUGGAUGCGGGAAUCAUACAGAAUCAAACGGCACAAGCGUAUGAUCACAAUUAUUUUUAUAAGUAUAAAAGAAAUAGACAUUGGAAGUCAGAGGGCAACAUUAUGAACGAAAGGUUACAAUGUCCACCUCAAGCGACGAGACCAACUUCAGCUCCCACAUACUUUAACGGCGAGAGGGGUAUACAGGCAGAAACUGGACAUGAAAGACGUACUUUAACGAACUUUUAUAUGACUACUGCAUCAACUCAAGAUGAGAUCAAGGAGAGACCACAAUCAGCUCAAGAAAAGCAGUGCGCUCAAGAUUUUUUGGAACAAAAGUUUGUGCUCGAGAUUAAGGACGGGCUGUCUCUCCAACUAAGGCUUUCCGAGCUGCUUUUCCCACUCAUUGAUUUGCUAAACGAGCUUUCAGCUCAUCAGCGCUGCGUAGAGGUCCUCGUUGUGAGAGGAGUACUCAGCUACAUCGUGCUUCUUCUUGAAAAUGUCAGAAGUUCCCAAGAUGAACUUUUACCCAUUUGUCUCGAAAUUUUGUGGAAUGUGCUGGAGCUAAGUCGAGAUUUACGACUGACAAUUACAACAGUUAACUCACGCAAAGAACUACUUGAAUUUUUCAGACUUAAAGACGCUUCCUUUUCAUUAGGUAACAUUAAAACAUUUCAAGCACUUCAUCAUGUGAUUGAAAUACUACUAGCUCGCGGAUAUCGCCAACAGGAUAAGGCAAUUCGUAACGAAUGUUUGAUGGUUCUUUUCUUACUUGCUAAACGACGGUAUAAUUUAGGUUAUUUCCACUCGACAGGAUUAACAGUGUGUCUAUUAUCCUACGCAUCAGCUGAAUUAUCACAGGCUAAUACACCAACUAAAUUAUCCUUUCUUCAUGGUCAUUCUUCUGCAACCAUAGUAGCCAGCAAGCAAAACUACACAACCGACAGUGACGAAGAUUUUGAAUUUAAGCAAAUGCUAUGGUUUUUACUUGCAGAAAUAUCUUUUGAUCACGAAGCGAAUUUAAAAGAACUUGUUACAUUUCGAUGUAUUGAUAUGUGGCUAUCGUAUGCAACUAUAACCUACCACAGAGAAACAGUCCAGGCUUCAUCUCCCGCUUCUUCAAUUUUCCAGCUUCAGAUUCUGCAAAGAUUGGCACAAAACCUGCUAAAUUUUGUAGUACCCUGUGUGGUUGAUCACUUUUAUCAAAUUGGUGGACAUAUCAGACUUCUCUCUUUUCUUCAACUCAACAUGGGGACAGCUGAAAUUUUGGCGUCUACCUGGCUUCUAUUGUUGCAGAUAUCACGACCCCUUCCAUACUUUCAGUCAGAGCUGGGACAACUUGGAGCGAUUGAAUGUGCUUUAGGGGUAUUCGAGGCACCCGCAUCUCACCAUACGUGCAAUAUUCGUCGAAAUGCAAUAUUAGCGUGUGCUUGCAUGUGUCGAAACGACGACGGUUCGAAUCGCGAGCGCUUUCGCCGAGCAAAUGGUAUUUACACUCUCGUGCAACAUCUCGAAGAUUACCCGUCAUACUCGGGUUUAGAGGAAAAUUUUCUCGUUGGAGUUUUGGACGCCGUGCGAUCGUGUGUGAUUGGGGAUAUUCAAAGUGAGACGGCAUUUAUAAAUUACGACGGUGUUUCAAAAUUGCUGUCAAUAGUUCAAAUAGCACCCAAAGCUCUCAAAAACCAGGCGUUGGCAGCUCUAGCAGAAAUUUGUGUGAAUCCAGCAGCGAUUCCGUCAUAUGAAAUAUGGCGUUGUGAUCAACCUGGGGAGAUGAAAAAUGCUAGUGCCAACGAGGUGCUACUUCGCCUUUAUGCAGAUGAAGAAGCAGCCGAAAUUAGCGCCAGUCAGAAACAGAACAUUGCCAUAGAUUGCGGUGUAGAUGCAGCUGCUUUAACGAAUGUUUAUCAUUAUGUUUCCCAAGUAGACACGUGCUGCAAACUCCCUGCAGUUACUGCGACAGAAGGCAAUAUUUUAAGUGAAUCUUUGCGAUUAUCACUUCAUCGGCCAGAAUCGCCAGCUUUUUCACGACUUAAAGAUGCGCUUACGGCAGCGCAAAGACUAACGCAAGAAAGACGAUUUGGUAAUGUAUAUGCGAGCUCGGAAAACAAUAAUUUUGACUUUGAGGUAAAUCUCAAGCCAAAAAUUUAUGCAGUUAUGGCGAACACUUCAUUUUCAUAUCACAGCAAAAAUUUAUCUCCAAACGAUCAAGUGAUUUUUGAAAGUGUGAAGGGGUAUCCAACUUCAAAAUUUGAAGAAUUGUGGCAAAACGUCGUGAGUGCGCUUCAUGCUGAAGGCGUGCGUCCAAUUUAUGCAGAUGCUUUAUAUAUACGCAAAAAGAUUAAGCAAGCGUACGACAUUUCGUUAUGCACCAAAUUGACUCAACACGAAAUCUCUCAGCAAUCGCAUUGUCGCAAAUUAAAUGAUGAACUCGCUUUUUAUGCAGAGUUUUUGCGUCAGAAGCACCAAGAAGCUGAAGCAGAAGAUUUUCAACGUGCCAAUCGCCUGCAAAGCUCAACAAUGAAGCGCCAUCUGGAUGCGAAAAAGACCCAGGUUGAGUGUAUGCUCCAACAAAAUUCAGCAGCGCUUGCCUUGCACGUUGACUGA